AUGAAAGUGUGGGCCCUUCUGUUGUCACUGUGUGUGACUGCACAGGCCUUACGGAGGAUCACUUUGAGGAAAAUGCCCUCCAUUCGAGAGACCCUGAAGGAGACAGGGGUCACACCAGCAGAAGUAUUUGCAGUACAUGCACCAAAGUUGGAUGCCAGUCCUUCACUUCACAAUGGCACGGCCCCAACACCUCUAACCAACUAUCUGGAUACUCAGUACUUUGGGGAGAUCAGUAUUGGUACACCAGCACAGAUAUUCAACGUUGUGUUUGAUACCGGUUCUGCCAAUCUUUGGGUUCCUUCGCAGAGCUGUUCUCCACUAUACACAGCAUGCUUUAUUCAUAACAGAUAUGACGCCUCUAAAUCUCACACACAUAUUAAAAAUGGAACAGGAUUCUCCAUUCAGUAUGCUUCUGGAAACGUCCGAGGAUUCCUGAGCGAGGAUGUAGUUGUGGUAAGCGGUAUCCCGGUGGUGCAAGUGUUUGCAGAGGCCACAGCUCUCCCAGCCAUUCCAUUCAUCUUUGCAAAGUUUGAUGGUGUGCUGGGAAUGGGUUAUCCAGAGGCAGCUAUUGAUGGCAUCACACCAGUGUUUGAUCGUAUUAUGUCUCAGGGUGUACUGAAAAAGGAUGUCUUCUCUGUGUAUUACAGCAGAUACCCAGAACACAUCCCAGGAGGAGAAUUGGUGUUGGGCGGCACCGAUCCAAAUUACUACACGGGAUCCUUCCACUAUGUCAGUACCAAGGGCGAGGGCAAGUGGGAGGUCAUUAUGAAAGGUGUGUCUGUGGGUGAAGAGACGUUGUUCUGUACAGAAGGCUGUAAUACUAUGAUUGACACAGGCUCCUCCUACAUCACUGGUCCCGCCUCUUCGGUCUCCACUCUGAUGAAGACGAUUAGUGCUGUGGAACUCGCAGAAGGAGGAUAUACUGUGAACUGUGACCUGGUGAUGUCCUUACCCAGUGUGACCUUUCACCUUGGUGAUCAGGAGUAUUCUCUGACACAGGAAGACUAUGUUCUCUGGCAGUCACAGUUUGGGGAGGACAUUUGCACUGUGACAUUCAGAGGGCUGGACCUUCCACCUCCUGCUGGUCCUGUUUGGAUACUGGGGGCUAAAUUCAUUGCACGAUAUUACACAGUAUUCGACCGAGAAAACAACCGCAUUGGCUUUGCUCAAGCAGUGUGA